CCUUGCUAAAUGAUUCCCUCACUUUGGUUUGGAUGAUUUCAAACGCAAGAAGGUGAACCGUGAUGGUGUGACAUAGUCAUGUCGUGGAACUUGGAGCAGCAUUUGUCACCUGGUCCUAUUCAGUUGUAAUGUUCUCCACUGUGUCUCCAGCUUGUGUGAAAUCCUGAAGAUGGCCAAAGACGACUCCACCGUUCAUUGCUUCCAGGGCCUGCUGAUUUUUGGAAAUGUGAUUGUUGGUAUGUGUGGCCUUGCCCUGACCGCAGAGUGCAUCUUCUUUGUAUCUGACCAGCACAGCCUCUACCCGCUGCUUGAGGCCACUGACAAUGAUGACAUCUACGGGGCAGCCUGGAUUGGCAUGUUCGUCGGCAUCUGCCUCUUCUGCCUGUCCGUUCUAGGCAUUGUAGGCAUCAUGAAAUCCAACAGGAAAAUUCUUCUGGCGUAUUUCAUCCUGAUGUUUAUAGUAUACGGCUUUGAAGUGGCGUCUUGUAUCACAGCGGCGACACAACGAGACUUCUUCACACCCAACCUCUUCCUGAAACAGAUGCUGGAGAGGUACCAAAACAAUAGCCCUCCAAACAAUGAUGACCAAUGGAAAAAUAACGGAGUCACCAAGACCUGGGACAGACUCAUGCUCCAGGACCACUGCUGUGGUGUAAAUGGUCCAUCAGACUGGCAGAAAUAUACGUCUGCCUUCCGGACCGUGAAUAACGAUGCCGACUAUCCCUGGCCUCGUCAGUGCUGUGUGAUGACCAAUCUUAAAGAACCUCUCAACCUGGAGGCCUGCAAACUAGGGGUGCCUGGUUACUACCACCAGCAGGGAUGCUAUGAACUCAUCUCUGGACCGAUGAACCGACACGCCUGGGGGGUGGCCUGGUUUGGAUUCGCCAUUCUCUGCUGGACUUUUUGGGUUCUCCUGGGUACCAUGUUCUACUGGAGCAGAAUUGAAUAUUAAGAACAAAGUGUCACCACCACACCACCUUCCUCCAGUGACUCUGGACCCGGUGCUGCAAGUGAGCUCUCCUAGGACAGCCCACAUCUGCGCCCCAAGGGGGCCCUGUGCUUUCGU